GGGACGCUUGGAAUUCAAAUUCGCACUUGUCCCGCUUUUAGUGUUCAUCGUUUGGUCUGUUUCGCAGGACCGUCGUCGAGAGUUGCAAAGUCAAAUCGACGCGUCCUCUCGAAAGUAUUUGAAUCAUAGUCAAUUCGACAUAAAACAAUCCAAAUCCUUUGCGCAACCGAGCUCUGGUAGGCUCUUGAAAAAGUAUCUGUACUGGAGAAGCCAGACCUCGAGAGAGGGCAAACGCGAUCCUCCGGAGAAGUGUUUUUAUGUAGCAAUAAAUGACGCCAUUCGGAACACCCGCGCAGCAUUGGAAUUCAUUUCCACUGUUUGACACGGACUCUCGAACUUUUUAUGCAGGAAUAGUACUUUUUCAAGGUUCUUCCCCAGCGAACAGGAAAAUUGCCCCGAAACCGCCGACGAUGCGGUGAUUGUCGUAAAGUUGUCGCAGCUGCGCCAUCGUUUGUUCAGAUGAACUGCGCUGACAUGUUGCCAGGUUUAAGAUGUUGUUAGAGCGAGAGAGAGAGAGAUAGGCUAGGUUGGUCCACCCUUGAUGCAAUCUACAAGAAGAUCACAGCGUCGAUCAUACUGCACCUUGAUGUUUCCACUCCUUUACUGAGGGAGCUACAAGUAGACCAGAGGAGAAUCUUGGCAGUGGGCGCGGGACGUCGAUCAGGGGUCCGGGGUAGGACAUUUUGUGCAUUUUUCAGCUCUUUACCUUCC